UAUGGCGAGUAACAGUGGCGUCAUCUCACUUGUCAGUGGUCAAGCUUCGGAAGUAUCCACAGACGUGAACACCAUGGCAUCUGUGUAUCAGAUAACAACCCCGUGUACAAUUUGGUCCAAUGAAUUCUGUGAUCCACUUUUAAUGGCCACACGUUAUUUUACUCUGUAUGGAACAUAUCUUGCCUUUGCUAUUGGUAUACCUGGCAAUGCACUGACCUGUAUAAUUCUGAUUAAAAUGAAGCCUUUUAAUUCAUCAAUGAUCUGGCUAAUUGUUCUGACAGUAGUAGAUUUGAUCAACCUCUUAAUGAGGUUCAUAGUUGGUCGCGUUGUCGCCUCUGUCUCAGGGCCAUUUGAGGAUUGGUCGUGUAGGUUGUUCUACAUUACAGCAGAGACGUGUAGCUUCAGUUCAAAUCUUCUACUUGUUGGCUUGACGUGUGAACGUUUCAUCGCUACACACUUCCCUCUAAAGAUGACUCAAUGGUGCACAGUCCAGCGAUCAAUCCUUGCUGUGGCCAUCUGUCUGACAGUUUGUUUAGGUCAGUCCAUGUACGUGAGUGAAGUCUAUCGAGUCAACAGUCUCCACGAAUGUGUUUUGCGAGACAAGUAUAAAAACACUUGGGGUGUGUUGUAUGAAGAUACUUUUCAAACUACGGUCUUUAAGCUCUUACCAAUAGCUCUCCUUGUCUUAAUGAACUGUCUGAUAGCAAGACGUCUUAGUGCUACCAAAGCAUGGCAGAAUAAAUUGAGCCAUGGGCAAAGUCAGAGCAAAUCAAGGCAACAAAGACAGAUAUAUCAGAUGCUGAUGGCCAGCUCCAUUUGUUUUAUCUUGUGUAUUAUGCCAGGGAUCAUUUACCAAUACUGCCACCUGUUGAUUGAGCGAGAUGACAAUGGCAUAAGGGCUCGUUUAAUUAUGAUGAACACUUUCGCCGUCUUUGAAGUUUACAACAGUGCUGCCAAUUUCGUUGUCUAUUCCAUAGCAGCUCAAAAGUUUAGAAGUGAAAUCCUACAUCUGCUUACUUGCAAAGGACAUACAGUUAGGUCAAAGGUCAAGUAUUUGGCAUCAGAGACCAUUAAAACUAUAGAAACAUCUGGUGACUUCUGCCCAAGCCAAGGUUUCAGUUGAUCUGCUUGAUUAGGUGUGCUAUCUUCACGUUGGUCUAGGUGGCUUUCAUUGGCUAUAUAAUUUGAUUGACACUUCUACACCAGAAUGUGAACAUGUAUUCUGGAUAGUAAAGAUUGAUGUGUAGAAGCAUAACGUCUUGAUCUCGCAGUCUUUUCUUUUACCCUACAACAUUCCUUUUAGACUUCACGCCCCUAAGGGGAUCUCUGCGAUAAUGUCUUUUGACUUGAUUAAUAGACCUACUAAAAUACACAUUUAUAAUUACAAUACAGAUACAACAUAUUUUUUUAUCUUAAAAAAAAAAAAAGACUUCACGACGCCAUUUUUUGUUUGAAUAAAACGUUGCCUUACAUUCUCUUUGUAAAAUUGCUUGAUCUGUAGGGAAAUGGACAUUGGAAACUAAAGCAAGUUUAGGCCCUAGAUGUGUUUGCACUAAGAAAAUGUGAUGUUAGCCUCGAGCGGUACUGAAAGCUCCCUUAUAACCCCCUCAAACGUUGAAAACAAAACAAAAAAAGGAGAGUUCGGUUCACAAGUGUUUGACUAAUGGGUUCAAAAGAGAAAAUGUUUCUACACAUGUCUAAUGGUUCACCCACACUUUGUUCACAAAAGAAUGGUUCCCACGACAAAAGAUGUACUUAAAGUUGGAACAGGGAAGGGCGUUGUUAUUUAAAUCUCAUUGUUAUGGCUUGCAUCUCUUGUUCAAGUCAGUAGUGAAUAGUGAUAGUAACAGAUCUUGUUCAACUGAUAUGCAUAGAACACCCUACUAGUAGAAUGACAAAAUAAUUGUUAGGAAUAAAAAUAUGUUUUCAUGUUGGUUUGCUUUAGGCUACGUGUUGCGGAUGUUGAAGAUAAUCUGUUUCCAAGACAGCCUCCUGCAGGACACCGGGGGAUUUUUUUUUCUACCCAACAGUAUAGGCCUACAGCUUACAAUGCAGUAAGUCCUAAUGUGGCAUCAGAUAACAAAGACUGAAAUACUCAAGCUCUUAACUUUUAACCCAACAAUCAAAGAUUACAUUAGCUAAAAAAAAAAUAAUAAAGUACUUUUAUUUUUAAAAAGCUUAUAUUAAGCGUAUUUGUAUCAAUUAAUUUGAAUCAGUCAUGUCAUUAAAUCUAGACUAACAAUAAUAAA